CUUUUCACAGCGCUCGAGUGCGGUUCAGAUCGGUUUCCGAUUCGGAUUCGGUUUCGAUUUCGAUUUCGCUAGUUGCCGUUUGCUGUUCGCCGUUUGAUAUUUGCUAUUUGCCGAUUGCCGUUCGCCUUUCGGUUCGCCAACUUGCAGCUUCAUUCUUGAAGAAAACGAAUUAAAAACCAGAAGAAAUACACAAAAAGGUGCCUAAUUUUGUUACACACUUAAACAUUCAGCCCAGCGGCUAGAAACCCACAAACAAAAAAAUAAAAAAAAAUCAAACCAAGAAACAAAAAAAAAAAAAAGAAGUAACCGAAACCGACAAGACAUUUCAAUCAAUCAAAAAGACGCAAAACCUAAUCGAAAUUGUUAAUCGAAAAUUACACAAAAUGGUAGAAAAAUAAAAAACAGUUAAGACAUAAAGCCAGAAGACCGAGAGUCCCGUCGAAAAGUGAGAGUUUUCCACGUUCGUGCCCAUGUUCGAAGUAAUUUUUGCCGUAGUUUCUUCAUCUUGUGCUCCCUCUUCUCGAUGGUUAAACAAACUUGCGACUCAAUCACGACUAAUUGCGCAUGCGAGGCCGCUUUGUGCGUAUUUAAAGCGCCGCCUCGACAUCGCCGCAUAUACAUAUAUUACAAAACCGGAGCUCCGGAGUCUGCUUAAUAUGCGUGUCACGUUGCCGGCCAUCAAGUUCAAAUUGCAUUCGCUGUCAACGCAUUGCUGCAGCAGCAACAGCAGCAACAGCAGCAGCAACUUCUGCUUGCAGCACGCGUUGAGAUUUUGAAAUUAACACCCCGAGGGGUGCCACAAACUGGAGCACUUGGCUGCUAAUUAAGAAAUAAAGCCUUAUCGGCCGCAGCAAAUGCUGACAGCAGGAUAACAGCUAGACAGGAUAAUGACCUCUCCGCCAGUCGGCCAGUCGAUAACUUUUGGCAGGCGACAUGAGCACUAAUUAGUCGCAGUCCCGGCUAAAUGCAAACAGCCAUCGCCGCUCAACUUGGCACUUGUUGGCCAACACAAAAAAAAAAAAAAUCACGAAGCGAGAACAACGAAAAACGCUUCGCCUUCAGUUUCAGUUUUAGCUGCAGCUUCAGCUUCAGCUUCAGCUUCGACUUCAGCUAGCUGCAAAUGCAAAGUGAGUUAAUGCCGCGGCAGCCAGUUUUUCCUGCUCCCGACACUGUCAAAUGCCAACUCGCGGGCUGGGCGACUUGCUCGCGAGGCAUUUAACUGCCAAGCUAAUGCACUCACUCACAGAUACUCACCACUACACGGGCAGUUGGCCGGACAGGCAUCUAAUACAAGUGCAGUUAAUUAAUUUCUUUGUUGUUCUCUACGGUAAAUCAUGCCGUGUGUGUUGGCUCUUUGCCUCUUCGCCAGAAUUUUCGCACAGAGAGCACGAGGGGCACAUGGGAAAAACUGUGGAUAUUUUCAAUAAACUCCGUGAUUUUCAUUUCGAUUGGUUGUUAAAUUACAAAAAGAAAUACGUGUUUAGGUGUUUUUAAAUUUUUAGCCGUCAUAAAAUUUAAAAACAAUCCAAGUUAUACAACUGUUAAAAAGUUUUCGAACUAAAAACAAAGAGUGUACUUUGGAAAAAUUCUAAACUCCAUCGAGUAUUUUAAAUUUUGAAUAUAAAUAACGAACGAAUUUCCAAAUAAAGUUCCUUGAUUUCUUCCUUUAACAUGGAUUUAAACUAGAGAAAAAUUCACAAUGUUUAUCUUUUAACCUAUAUCUUAAACCGCUCUGGGUCUUUAUUUUGCCAUAUAAUAUCCACAACGAUCCCAUUUCUUGCUGUGCAGCGAAUGCAGAAGAACUCAGAUCAGAACUCUGCCCACUUCCCACUGUUUUUUAUUGAAGGCUUUUCCACCACCGAAGCUGGUGCCGUGAAUUUUCCACCAGGGACUCCGCUCCAAAGUCUUUGACUUUGUCUUUUGUUGCAGCUACUUGAACUGCAUUUGCAUAUAAAUUAGUUUUGAUAGCGCUCCAUGGAGUCCCCAGCAGAAGCAGCAGCAGCAGCUUCAGCUUGCAACAGCAGGCAACAGUUUGAUGUUUGUUCUGCGAAUGCGUUGCGAAAAAUCAACUUGUGGCUGCAACCGCCUAACGGGAUUCAUUAAGUGAAGUACAACACGGCAGAGGCAGUGGAAAGGUGCAAGGGGACGGGGAGAUGGGGAGGGGUAAAAAUCAAGCGAUAAGUCGGCAAUAAAAAUUGGCAGCACUUUGGCACAAUUAAGGCAAGGGGCUGGCAACAAAAGAUCUGGACAUGGCCAAGAGCUAACUGGCCAGCGGCCUGGGGAUCUGCACCAGUUAAUUGUUGGCCGUUGACAACUUCCACUCGUCGUAGUCGUCGUCGUCGUGCCACAAGGAAGCAUACCAUUAAGCGGCAAAGAAGUGCAAAUUCACAUUUAAUGAGCCACCAGUCAGUGGGGGAAAAGGGGGAAAAGGGGCAGGAAGCUGCGGUCUGAGCCAGCUGAAAGUGAUUCUUGUGGUAUCGGGCAGUUGAGGAAUCUUGGCGGUUGCAAGUGCAAUUGCCAAAGAGAAAAGAUAAACAAGGGAAACGAGUGGUAAACUGCAAAUUAUUGCUAUGAAGAAAAUUAAUAAUAUGAAAAUUAUUUACUUUUUGCCCAUGUCUUUUUACAGUUUCUUGAAUACUUUUUUGCCCCUAAGUGGUCUAUCAUUAAGAUAAAUAAACACACAAUAAUUAUGCAGUUUAUUAGAAUAAAGCACCACGGAUUUGUUUUGAUUACCGUUUUAAAUCGUUAAAUUAAUGGUUAGAGCACUUUGAUGUGCGAUUACUUAAACUUUUCCAAGCAUGUUAAGCAACUAUUAGUUGUCUGUUUUGUCUUCAAUAGACAAAACAAAAUUUGUGCAAAUUAAGGAGUAGAGUUAAAACCACCUUGCUUAUAAACUUCAUGUUCUAUCGCAUCUAAAUUUAACUUCAACCUAAUGGAUCAUUAAGUUUUUUUCUGUUGAACUCACCAUUUUACUGCUCUUUGUAAGCCCCAGACAUUUUUCCAAAUGGUUCGAUUCUUUUAUGUGGCUUUUAUUCAGACUAAUUUCCUCGAGGCAGAGAGAAAACCCAAUUUGUUAGCCCAAUUACUGGUGUGAUAAUGUUCCUCUCACCCAGUUAAGCAUCUUUGAAUUUAAAGACCAUCAGCUGGGAGGGGACCCCCUUGGUUGUCACUUUCGAAUCAGAGAUCUGAAAUUAUAAACACGAAACAUUAAUUCGUUAAAUCGUCGUCGCUUUCAACUGUCACUUUUGAGUGGUCCGCGAAUGUAAAAUGCAAUUUCCAUAACGCCUCAUAACUCAAGAUAGCCGUCAAUUUGGGACUUUGGCUAACUGGCUAACUGGCAAGUGGGCAACUGGGCAAGUUGGCAAGCAAGUGGUCCACCAGUUCGGUGGAGCAGACUCCCCGCAAUCAACUGAUCGGCCAACUGAUAUGCAUCAAUUUUUGGCAAUUCCGUUCGGCUACCAGCGGAUCGAAUGCAAAUAGGGUCCGCCGAGCGGAGCGGAGCGUGUUUGGCCUAAUCACAUGGCUGUCGAGGGCUUUUUGCAUAAAUUUUCGACUGGCCAAGAGCGGCGCCGAAAAUCGAUGCUAGGCUAUGUGAUUUCUAAUUCGAUCGUUGGCCCAUUUCUAUUAACAGCUCUACUUCUGUUUUUUUUUCUGUGUUUUGCAGCCCACAAACGCCCACGUCGAAAAGGUGGUGAGAAAAUAAAAAGAAAUCAACCGAAACAAAAGUGAAAAACAAUAAAGGCCAAGGAAAAUCACGGUGCAAUAAAAGCUUAACUCAAUCACAGGCGAAAUAAAUAUUUUCAGUUCGAGCCGCAGCAAUAAAGAAAACAAAUAAAAACCCAGAGAGGUCUCAGCAACUAUUAAUUAAGCGUGUGGCCCGUGAUUGUUGUUGGAGCCACAACGAAAAAAAAUCAACUUGUUCACAUAUAUUUACAAAAGCCUUUUAUGGCUUCGCAGUGAAAUGCAAAUCAAUUAAACACAUUAGUGUUAAAACAAAAGGAGAUACAAACAUCGGAAAACUUAAAGAAAUUUUUGUUACAAUUUGGCUUGCCAUUAACCGAGGAUUUUAAUGUGUUUUAUUGACCAUGAAAAUGAUGGAAAGUCCGCGGCUCUAAAAAAAAGUAAAAUAAUGACCAAGAAUUCCCCAACUUGUGCGUGCAAAUAUUCGAAAUAACAGCAAGGAGAGAUUAAUCUUGAAAGAAAUACCGCCAAGUGACCAAAAUGGCAAAGUGUGCAAAUCAAAUUUAAUAAUCCAUCAAAAGUUGGCCGUUCUAUAUAAGAUAAUUAAACAUUUAACAGACUCUCAAGGCAAGGCGAACUCUUUACGAUCGCAGCCAGAUAGCCCAACCGAAACUGAACUGAAAGUCUAACAUGCGCCCGGCACGUUACCGAUGAAGCAAGCGACUUUAAUCAGACCCAGACUCAGACACAGAAGAAGCACAGCAGCGGCAGCCACCAAGAUGUGUCCCAAACGGCAUUGGCUAGUCAACCGAGGAUCAGGAGGAUCGGCAAGAUCGGAGAGAUCGGAAAGAUCGGAGAGAUCGGCAAGAUCGGAAAGAUCGGAAAGAUCGGCAAGAUCGGGAGGAGCUGCUGCAGCGAGGAGCAGGCGCAGUCUAGACCAAAUAGUAGAAGUAUUAGUAGCCUUAGUCUUAGUCAAUUGCCUGGCAACGGCGGCAGCGGCGCUGAUCACACCGCCCGACAGUUUCGAAGCGCUUUCCCUGGGCUCCGCGUCGGCGCCCUCCUUCUCCUCCUCCGAUGAAGAGGAGGACUUGGCCGGCGGCUUCUAUCGCAGCCCACACCGCCUGGAGGGCUAUCCGCAGAUGCAGCAGCUGCAGCGCGGCCAGAACUUCAAGAUCAGCCCCAAGCCGUGCUCCUUCGGGCGCGUCGAGGGCACCUGCAUGUUCGUGUGGGAGUGCAUCAAGUCCGAGGGCAGGCACGUGGGCAUGUGCGUCGACUCCUUCAUGUUCGGCUCCUGCUGCACGCACAACUACACCGACAACAUCGUCCUGCCGCAGACCGCCUUCUCCUACACGAGGCCCACCAAGCCGCUCACGCUCCGCCCGCGACCGCCGCCGCCCUACAAGCCGAUGAUCAGCGGCAUGACCACCAUCGAGCGUCCUCAUGGCGCUGGCACCCUGGUGAUUCGUCCUUCGGGCCCGCACCACCAGGGAACUCUGGCGCGCCCGCAUCCGCCGCCCUACCAGAGCAAGCCCACCACCGCCUCGGACCUGCAGAGCUCCGCCUCGCAUCCCAGCUCCAGUUCCUUUGGCUCCGACUCGAGCCCCAAUAGCAUUUGGCAUACAUCGACCCAACAGCAGCAGCAGCAGCAGCAUCAGCAGAAUCAGCAGAACCACUGGCAGAUGACCACCGAGCCGAGCUUUAUUACCAAGCCGCGACCCACCGGCUGGACCAAGCCCGGCAUCGUCAAUUUGCCAAUGCCCGCGCGACCCUCGAAGCCGUCGAAGCCCACAAAGAAACCGAUUGUCUACGACCGGACACCACCGCCUCCUCCUCCUCCUCUGCCUUCUUCUUCAGCUGCUGCUGCGUCCACCACCUCGACGACAGCAGCGUCGCUGAUUUGGAAUGGCCAGACGCAUCCCCCCCAGCCGCAUCGCCCCACCAGGCCGCAGCUGUCGCCGGGCACAUCAUUAGCCGCAUCCUCGGCUUGGCCAUCGCCAACCACCUCGACGACAACCUCAACGACGACGACGACCACCACUCGACGCACAACCACACCGGCCACCUCGACAAGGAAGAACACGACGAGCAAGCCCACCAGGCCCUACCAGCGGCCCACCACGGUGAUAACCAGCUCCUCGAGCUCCUCCAGCACCUCGGGCAAGACACCCACCACGACCACGACGACCAGGCCGAUGCCAAGCAGUUCCAGCAGCUCCAGCGGAGUCGUCACCAGCAGCCAGCGGCCCACGCACCGUCCGCCGGUUCUGGCCACCUCCGGCAUCGAGACCAACGAGAUAACGGACUCCUCCGCCUCCUCCUCCGCCGACUCCGGAGCCCUGGGCCAUGUGAAGACCAUUUCGGCGGCGCGCAGCGAGUGCGGAGUGCCGACGCUGGCGCGUCCCGAGACGCGGAUCGUGGGCGGCAAGAGCGCGCCCUUCGGUCGUUGGCCCUGGCAGGUGUCGGUGCGGCGCACCUCCUUCUUCGGCUUCUCCAGCACCCACCGCUGCGGUGGCGCUUUGAUCAACGAGAACUGGAUAGCCACCGCCGGACACUGCGUGGACGACCUGCUCAUCUCGCAGAUACGCAUCCGCGUGGGCGAGCACGACUUCUCGCAUGUGCAGGAGCAGCUGCCCUACAUCGAGCGCGGGGUGGCCCAGAAGGUGGUCCAUCCCAAGUACAGCUUCCUCACGUACGAGUACGACCUGGCGCUGGUCAAGCUGGAGCAGCCGCUCGAAUUCGCGCCGCAUGUCAGUCCCAUUUGCCUGCCCGAGACGGAGAGCCUUCUAAUUGGCAUGAACGCCACGGUCACCGGCUGGGGUCGCCUCAGCGAGGGCGGCACCCUGCCCUCCGUGCUCCAGGAGGUAUCCGUUCCAAUUGUGAGUAAUGACAAAUGCAAAUCGAUGUUUAUGCGCGCCGGUCGCCAGGAAUUUAUCCCGGACAUAUUCCUGUGUGCUGGAUACGAAUCAGGAGGCCAGGACUCCUGCCAGGGCGAUUCAGGCGGACCCCUUCAGGCCAAGUCGCAGGAUGGCCGCUUCUUCCUGGCAGGAAUCAUUUCCUGGGGCAUUGGCUGUGCCGAGGCCAAUUUGCCGGGAGUCUGUACGCGAAUCUCCAAGUUCACGCCCUGGAUUUUGGAGCAUGUCAGAUGAUGAUCAGUCCGGAAAUCACGGCGAUUAAGAUGACGAUGACAGCCCGACUCUUGUUAUUUGUUUUAAUUUAUCAGUUGUAUCUUUAAGUCUUGUGUGAUUUAUCUUAAAGGAAUGUUAAGCGUAGUUAGCUUCAAUUUAACAAUUUUAACAGCAUUGACCCCGACUUGGCCUUGUGGGCCACUGCCACGCCCCUAUCCGCACUCACACGCACGCACUUACCACACACACACACACACAGUCAAAGCCCACUAAGUUAGUCUAGCGAAAAUGUUAGCGCCUUAAGUUGUCUAACACGGAAAUCGAUCGGAUUUCGAAGGGAUUAUCUAUUUGUAAAUAGCUCAGAUCGGGGGAAGGGACUAGGGGGAUGGAGAGUCAUUUGCAUGUCCACAAGUUGUUGGUAUUUUAGUAUAGAAGUAUUUAACAAUUAACUAAAUCUAUAUUUAUUGUAAACAAAUGCAUGCAGACAUUCGAAAGUUGUUUGUAUCUUGCCCAAAGAACAAGUUUAUCUAUAGCGAUGCGAAAGCACCGAGCGCAAUAAAAGAUUACUGAAAAUAUUGUCCAAUAAAUAUGACAGACCAUUGGGGAACUGCUCCAGAGGAGAUACCCAUCUCCAUAAGAGCCCAUUUCCUCCUCAGCAAUUGUGGGCCCCCGAGGGCACUACGAAUUUGGCCAAAACCAUUCACACAAUUUGCAGUCAUCGCCAUGUUCGGCUGCGGGCCAUUGAAGAUGAUUGGCACAAUCGAUUUGCACGUGGGGAGAUGGGAGACAUCCGCAGUUGCCGCCGCCACUUUCCUCCGGAUUUCACUUUUCAACGGCUCACUGGCGUGACAU